CUAUAGCAGAGGGGCAGAGGGUGACACCAGACGCGAGGUUGAGAGGUCCAAAAUUAACCAAAAGCCCUAUUUUUGAUCAAAACUCCAAAGCUUUUUGUCUUUGUUUCCUCUCUCUCUCUCUCUCUCUCUCUCGGCUUUGCCUGCCUUCUUGCUGACACAAAGGACUCAUCAGCCAGCCUCCCCUGCUGACAUAAUAGUCCAAAGUCCAGUUGUUGUGUCCUCCCCCCGCACCCAAUCCCUCCCCUGAGGACCCUUCUUCCUCCCACACCAGAGCUAACCAUCCACCGCCUGCUGACCCAAAAACUAAAAACCAAGAUAGGGACUUGGAAUAUGGACCACCAGUUUCACCAAUUAUGAGUUAAUAUCAUUCACUUUUCAGCUAGCAACUUUAAUAUUAUAGUUGAUGGCGCGGAAGAAAGGCAACCAACAGAAAAAACCAGUUCCCAGUACCGGAUCUGAAUUGCCAGCUAAGUGUGAAAGAGCUAAUGCAAGUGAAAUUAAAGUUUUACAUGAGGAACAACUUUUAAGAAACCACUCUGAUGUCAAUUCAAAAGAGGGCAUUGAUAAUAAAUGCCAUGUACAAGCUGAAACCAAGGGGAAGCAGCAAUCCCGUAAAUUUCCUAGAAGAACGGAAGAAGUUGUUAAUAGAAAACAAGUUGAAGAGAAACCAGAGACUGAUGCUGGAGAUUGCAAUACAACUGUAUCAGCUGCUGAAAGUCUUCAUUCAAUGGGAAAAGAUGACGUGCCCUCCAAUACUUGUCACAGCACAAAAAAUUCAGAAAGCAGUUUUGCUUACUCAUUAAAUGGAAUGCACAAUGGUGAUGAUACCAUGGAAAAAGUAGAGUUCUCAUAUAUAUUGAUAUUAAAGUGCCUGAGGAGCUUAGUCCUGUCAACAUUGAAGGCAUCAACUGAAUGGAUGGAAAGACACCGACCACUGCUUAUCACUAUGAGGGCAAGUAUACUAAAGGCCUGUCACUAUGUUCAAGUGAAGAUUGAGCAAGCAUUCCCUGUUGUUCUAAAAUGGAUUAUGCACUUUGUGAAUAUAAUGCUCCUACUUUUUAUGGUUUGGUUGGAUUGCACACUCAGAGGCAUCGAUUCCUUUCUGCGAAUGGGAACAACAUCAUUUUUCUCUGUUUUAUGGUGUAGUGUUCUGUCAGUUACUGCAAUGGUUGGAAUAUUCAAGUUUCUUAUUGUCUUGGCUGUGGCUGCUAUAGCUGGACUUCUUGUUGGGUUGACCAUUGCGGUUCUAUUGAUGGCCAUUUCUGGCAUUGUUCUUCUAUGGUUCUAUGGAAGCUUUUGGACGACAAUGCUUGUUCUCCUUUCUGGAGGGUUGGCUUUUAUAUUGGGCCGCGAACGCCUUGCACUGUUUAUUGCAACGUCAUACUCUGUAUAUUGUGCAUGGGCAUCUGUUGGGUGGCUCGGUUUACUCUUUGGUUUGAAUAUAUCAUUUAUUUCAAGUGAUGUUCUGAUAUUCUUCCUGAGGAACAAUAUCAACGAGCAAAGAAGGGCUACUGGUGCUGCAGAACAAACAGCUGAAGUGCCAGGUCAAUCUGGUUUCGUUUCUGAUGAUCAAGUGCGUAAUUCAUCUGCUGAAGCAGGUGCUGCUGGUCCAUCCACUGAUCGAAGAUCAGGAGUUCCUUCAACUAGUGGAUUGGAUUCUGAGACAACAUCUGAAGAUGAAGUUGUUAGGUUGUUGAAUUGCAGUGAUCACUAUGCUGCAUUGGGCUUAUCUCGGUUUGAAAAUGUUGAUGUUUCUGUUCUUAAGAGGGAAUAUAGGAAAAAGGCAAUGCUGGUCCAUCCUGAUAAAAACAUGGGCAAUGAAAAGGCUGCUGAAGCUUUCAAGAAAUUACAAAAUGCAUAUGAGGUUUUAUUGGAUUCUUUUAAAAGAAAAGCAUAUGAUGAUGAGCUGAGGAGGGAGGAACUGCUACAUUAUUUCCGCCAGUUUCAAGAAGCUUCUCAGAAGAGUAGAAGGCGUGGUUUCUUUUCCCGAAGUUUUGCACAUGGGGAAACUGAUGAAGAGGACACACUUAAGGAGUCAAGACGAAUAGCUUGCAGGAAGUGUGGCAAUUUUCAUGUGUGGAUUCACACUAAGAAAGUAAAAUCUAGAGCAAGAUGGUGCCAGGAAUGCAAAGAUUUCCACCAAGCUAAAGAUGGAGAUGGAUGGGUUGAACAGUCUUCGCAUCCCUUAUUAUUUGGGAUGCUUCAGAAGGUAGAACCCCCUGUUGCAUAUGUUUGUGCAGAUAGCAAGAUUUAUGAUGCAACUGAAUGGUACAUUUGUCAGGGAAUGAGAUGUCCUGCUAAUUCUCACAAGCCAAGCUUCCAUGUUAAUACGAGUAUGACCUCAAAGCAGAGCACUGGAAGGGGAGCAAGCUCAGGACAAAGAGGUGGGAUACCUACACCCAACAUGGAAGAGGCCAUGACAGAGGAUGAAUUUUUUGAGUGGCUACAAAAUGCAGUUCAAUCGGGCAUGUUUGACAGUUUUCCUGGUGGUCCAUCCGAGUCCCCUUCUGCGCAAUCUGGAAACACUUCCAAGAGCAGUGGUGGCAACAACAGUAGUAACAGUGCCAAGAGAAAGAAAAAGGGUCGAAAAUAGUUGCAAGCUUGCAAUCACUUCUUGUCAAGUCUCGUCUCAUUUUCAUGACCAGAAUAGGUUGCUGAUGGACCUUAAACUAUGGCCUUUGAAAGACCAGGGAAACUAACUGCUAAUUAAUUGUACAUGAGGAAGAACUAAACCCCGUUGAGCAUGCAUCAUACAGCAUAUGUAUAGCGAGCUUGUAUUUCGUCCAAGUUCUAAUGCUGUAAGACGGGGCUCUUUGCCAAUUCCAAGCGGUGAAGAGCUGAACACCCGAAGUAAUAGACCAUUUCCCCCUCUGGAGUUAGUACCAUUUCUUCAU